CUGCUGCUCCCCAGCUCUCGGAUACAGCCGACACCAUGGGUUUUGGAGACCUGAAAAGCCCCGCCGGCCUCCAGGUGCUCAAUGAUUACCUGGCGGACAAGAGCUACAUCGAGGGGCAUGUGCCAUCACAAGCAGAUGUGGUGGUAUUUGAAGCUGUGUCUGGCCCACUGCCUGCCGACUUGUGUCAUGCCCUACGUUGGUAUAAUCACAUCAAGUCUUACAAAAAGGAAAAGGCCAGCCUGCCAGGAGUGAAGAAAGCUUUGGGCAAGUAUGGUCCUGCCGAUGUGGAAGACACUAAAGGAAGUGGAGCUACAGAUAGUAAAGAUGAUGAUGACAUUGAUCUCUUUGGAUCUGAUGAUGAGGAGGAAAGUGAAGAAGCAAAGAGGCUAAAGGAAGAACGUCUUGCACAAUAUGAAUCAAAGAAAGCCAAAACACCUGCACUUGUUGCCCAGUCUUCCAUCUUACUAGAUGUGAAACCUUGGGAUGAUGAGACAGAUAUGGUGAAAUUAGAGGAGUGUGUCAGAAGCACUCAAGCAGACGGCUUGGUCUGGGGCUCAUCUAAACUACUUCCAGUGGGAUAUGGAAUUAAGAAACUUCAAAUACAGUGUGUAGUUGAAGAUGACAAAGUUGGAACAGAUAUGCUAGAUGAGCAGAUCACUGCUUUUGAGGACUAUGUGCAGUCCAUGGAUGUGGCUGCUUUCAACAAGAUCUAAAAUCCAUCCUGGAUCAUGGCAUUUAAAUAAAAGCUUGAAAGAUUAAAAAAGAAAAAAAAAAGGA